GUGAUUAGGUGGAUAUAUGUAUGUAUGGUAACACUAUGAACAGCGAUAUAAAUAGAGUAGUAAGUGUUGUAGUUGGUGUCGAGCUGCUAUUUUUGGUUUCUUUGCUCUACAUAGUAAAUUGUGAUCUGGAAUUGUGCUGUUCUAGCUAUGGGUCAAGCACUUGGUUGUGUUCAAAUCGGGCAGUCCACUGUUGCUGUGAAGGAACGUUUCGGUAAGUUUGAGGAUGUGUUGGACCCUGGAUGUCAUUGCCUACCUUGGUGUUUAGGCUACCAAGUAGCAGGAGAAUUAUCCUUGCGUGUGCAGCAACUCAAUGUUCGUUGUGAAACCAAGACCAAGGAUAAUGUCUUUGUUACUGUAGUUGCUUCAAUUCAGUAUCGUGCUUUGGCAGAGAAAGCUUCUGAUGCCUAUUAUAAGCUUUCAAACACUACAUCACAGAUUCAAGCUUAUGUAUUUGAUGUAAUCAGGUCUAGUGUCCCAAAGCUAUUAUUGGAUUCCGCCUUCGAACAGAAGAAUGAAAUUGCUAAGGCCGUGGAAGAAGAACUAGAGAAGGCGAUGUCUGGUUAUGGCUUUGAGAUAGUUCAAACCCUUAUUGUGGACAUUGAACCAGAUGCUCAAGUGAAGAGGGCCAUGAACGAGAUAAAUGCUGCUUCUAGAAUGAGGGUUGCUGCAAAUGAAAAGGCUGAAGCAGAAAAGAUAUUGCAAAUCAAGAGAGCUGAAGGUGAAGCUGAAUCUAAAUACCUGUCAGGUCUUGGCAUUGCUCGACAGAGACAGGCAAUUGUGGAUGGCUUACGUGACAGUGUUCUUGCCUUUUCUGAGAAUGUUCCUGGGACUUCUGCCAAGGAUGUCAUGGACAUGGUGCUGGUGACUCAAUACUUUGAUACCAUGAAGGAAAUCGGUGCAUCUUCAAAGUCAUCUGCCGUUUUUGUCCCACAUGGACCUGGUGCAGUGAAAGACAUAGCCUCACAAAUCAGGGAGGGUCUUCUUCAGGGCAAUGCUGCUCAGUAGUAAUAUAGUUUCUACAAUGAGCAUACGACAUUGAGAUUUGGUCAUUUAUCCUUAUACGCAUGCUGUAGCACACUUGGAACUUUUGCUUGGUAGAACCAUAGCAUACAACCAACAGUUGUUGAACAUGCUGAUCUAGAUAAGUAUGUUGGUGUGAAUAUGAUUGGUAAGUAAUAUAUCCUUUUUAAGAUAAA